CUCUCUCUCUGUGCCCCCCAGAUGCCGAUUCUGAAGCAGUCCCCCAUUUCCCAGUCGAAGAAGAGGCCCCGCAUCGGCCGGGACAUGAUCAGCGCCCCGCUGGGGGAUUUCCGGCACACCAUGCACGUCGGCCGGGGCGGGGACGUCUUCGGGGACACCUCCUUUCUCAGCAACCAUGGGGGCCCCAAGGCCAACGGGCUGCCCCCCGCCACCGAGGCCCUGGCGCCGGCCCAGUCCCCCAGCCGCCUCUCGGGGUCCUCCGGCAGCCCGGCUGAUUUGGGGGGCGGCCCUAGCGCCCUGGAUUUGCCCCCCGCUGGCUGGGAGGGGGAACUGCAACACGCCGAGUCCCUGUUCUCCUUCGAGUUGGAUCUGGGGCCGUCCAUUCUGGAUGAGGUGUUGGGGGUCAUGGACAAGGGCGGGGAGCAGCCCCGGAGCGAGGACGUCAGGGCGGAGAGGCCGGGGGGGGGACAGGGGCUGGGCCACGGGGCGGCUCCCCAGGCAGGGGAGGAGGAAGAAGAAGAGGAGGAGGAGGAGGAGGAAGGCACCGGGCAUGGAUACACAUUUGACGAUGAGCUGGAUGACGAGAUUGGGCUAUAGGAGAGGGGGUUCAGCUCCCCUCCCAUCCCUCCAUUCCCCCCUAUUCCCUCCACCCCUCCAUCUGUCUCCUCCCCUGUCCCUUCAUCCACGCCCCUCCUGCUUCAGCCAUCCCCCUCUUCCCUUGUGUGUGUCCUCUCUGUCUUUUCCUCUUUCAUUCUUCCUUACCCUCCUUUCAUGCGCUUCCCCCUUCUCUUUCUUUUGCCCCUGCUCCCUUUCCCUUCCCCUCUUCCGCCAUUUCUUCCUUUCAUUCUUUUUUUCCGUUCACUUAUUCUUACCCCCUAGCCGGCCCCCUCCCCAUGGCAGUACCGGUUCUCUGAGGUUGGUGAUCCUAUCUGCAAUGGAAAGUCCAAUGUGUUUGAUCCUAAUUUUCACCUCCUUGUCUGUAUGGAUUUCUGGAAUCCUAAUCCACCCACCCCUCGGUUGACUGGUCAACUCAUCAAUACGUCUAUCUAUUAAUGAGCCCCUCAAUCAAUCCACCAACCCACAGAUUGCCCAAUCAACCCAUCAAUACAUUGAUCAACUUGUCAAUCCAUUUAUCAAUCAACCCGUCAAUUGAUCAACAAUCAAUCUACCACCAAAGAACAAUCGGCCCAUUGGCUGACAAAAUGAGCUAUCAACAGUCAGCCCCCCCCGCAACUGAUCAAUCGGCCGAUGGACCCAUCAACCAUCAAUCCACCAAUUGACCUGCCAACUAAGUUAUCAACCAACCAAUUGACCAAUGGAACAGUCAACGAUCAACAAAGCAACCAGUCAACCCAUCAGCGGACUAGUCAAGAAUCAACCCACCAAUCGACCAGUCAGCCAACCAGUGAAACAGUCAACAAUCAACCAACCAAUUGGUCGGUGGAAUGGUCAACGAUCAACCAAUCAACUAGCCAACCCAUCAGCGCAAUAGUCAAGAAUCAAGCCACCGAUCGACCACUCAACCAACCAGUGGAACAAUCAACCAACCUGUUGACCAACCAAUCAAUCAAUCCACCGAUCAUCUCAGCAAUUGACCAAAUAACCCACCAGUCAGUCAGCAUCCCACUUCCUCUCCCUCAUUCCCCUCUCCCAAUGGGAGAAGGAACUCCUGAACUGAAAGAAGAGACAGUUUGAUGUUGGUUUUGUGUGUAUCCAUCUCACACCCCAUCUGGACUCUGGGCUCAUAAUAGAUGGACUCGGACAAGAGCAGUGGUACCGGGGUGGUUGAGGGGCACGGAUCAGCCUUGAGAAAAGUGAUUUGGGUAACGCUGUGAAAAUGACCUGGGUUCCCUCCUCCUCCACCCCCUAUUUCAUGCCUGGGGCUCCCCCCACAUGGAAGGAGAGUUACUUGAGACAUUAACGGAUUAUAUUCACCAGGGGUGGAAGGCCUAGGGUCUAAUGGGUUAGAGCAGGAUGGGGGCUGGGAGCCAGGACUCCUGGGUUCUCUCCCUGGCUCUGGGAGGGG